AUGCCCCAAAUCACCCCCAUUCGGGGCUUCACAAACACUCCCGUCACAAAGUCCAUCUGUAUCAUCUCCACGGUGACUGCGUUGGUCAUCCUGAUUUUGUCGCUCAAGCCAUAUGUGGUUCUUGCCAUUGAUCCAUUCAUAGUGGAGUUUAGCCAAUACUGGCGAGUCAUCACUUUCCAGUUGCUGCCGGUCAACGAAUCCGAUUACAUGCUCCUUACCAUUCUUUGGUUCCAUUUCAAGACACUCGAGCGGUUUUUUGGCUCGCGAAAGUACUUGUCGGCCAUAGCACUCUUUGCGGUCUACAAUGCUAUCAUCACCUUCCUAGUUCUUGCUCUAGGUCAACUAACAAUUGUGGCACUUGCUGCUCUCUUCCGCCUUGUAGUCCUCAGACAACCAUUUGCAGUGUUGUACACGGAUACCAUUUUCAACUCCAUAGCUCUGGGUCCGUUGGGGAUUAUUUCGCUGUUGUACAUGUGCCAUGGAGCAUAUAUCCCAGUGUCUUACCAAUUCAAGAUUCUAAUGAAGAAACCCAAGGGCGAAGAGAGUGAAGAUGGCGAGCCUCUCAACUCUGGCUCUACCCUUACGCUUACAAACCACUUCCAGGUUCAUGUUCUAUUCACCAUUCUCAUGUUGAAUCGUGGCUUCUCAACCCUAAUUCCAUGCCUUGUGGGGCUCUUCAUUGGACGAUUAUAUACCCAGGACCUCUUGGCAGGCUCCAAAAGCUGGGCUAUGCCUCUGCUCAUAUUUCGCAUGUUUGUCAGUCCUAGAAAGGUCCAGAGAUCUGCUGCAAGGUCUCUCGAGCGCAGGUUCCACGAGUACCAACCUGUUUCUGCACAAAUACCGUCAGAAUCAACUCCGGCUCCCGGGGAAGAAGGGAAUGCCGACAGACACGACGAAGACGACACAGAGGUGGCCCUCGAUGACAUUCGCAGCAACGAUGAACGUCAGGAUGACCGUUCUGCUACACCUGUGCGUCCUUUGGGCCGCCAGUUCCUAGAUACGUUCCGAGCAUAG